AUGAAAGUAUUCUCAAUUUUCUUUGGUAUUACACUCGCAGCUCAAGCUGUCGGUCAAUCCGCAAUCCCGUUUUCUGGACUGCCCAGUAUGUACGGAGCCAACGUUGUGGCCGGGUCUGUGGUUGAUAAAGGCAAUUAUACUUUUGCAGGUGCUAAAUUCAAAGUUCCUACAGUAAAAGCUCCUUCCGGUGGCCUUUCUCACGCUGAAUACUGUACUUCUAUAUGGGCCGGGGUUGGCCACGGAGGUGAUUUGAGCAUACAGGCCUGUUUAAAUGCUUGUAUUCUGAAUGGGAAAGCUACCUAUGAUGUAUUUUUCCCCGAGCCCGGUCUAUUUAUCGACGGUUCUUCAGCGAAAGCUGGUGAACAGCUUCAGAUUUCUUUCGACCCAACCAACGAAGGCAGGGCGGCAAUCACAGAUGCUAAAAAGGGAAAAGAGUACAGCUAUGGAGGGGCUGGGACAUUAUGGGAUCGAAUAUACUUUCUGGUGCAGAAUAGGACAGAGGGAAUGGCUCUUACGAACUUUGGCACACUUGAAUUUACCGAUGUUUAUGCAUAUAUCAACGUUGACUUGACUGAUUUUAGUGCAUCCACCGACUUGAAAGACAAGCCGGAUUUACAAGGGGCCGCGCUCUAUGGUCUGAGUCCUAACGGCAAGACAUUGGUGAAGAGUUCAAACACGGACACAAAGGUCACUAUCGAAUACGUCGAAUAA